GGCUGCUGUAUGUAUGCUACGGGCAUACUUGGUACUUGGUUAUUGCUUUCUGCUUGUUACUGGUUAUAAGGCUCUCAUUAUAGAGAAUAGAUGCAUAUGCGGUAUUUAUUCAUAUGUUGGCUCCAUCAACAGUCAAGAUGACUACCCCGCUUUUGAUUUAUCGGCCCUCCAUCUCCCAGAACAUGACUUUCUUCGAAAUAUUUAAAUGAGACAAGAUAUCCUGCCUUUCAAACUUGUAUUCCCCAGAGUUGCAAUAUAUGAGUGAGUACUUGAAUGUCUAUCAGCCCCUCCUAUGAGUACACCAUCACGAGAAAGGCAAUGAAAUCCAGAUGUCGUGAUCAAUGGAAUAUUUUACUCUUUUAGCACAUCAUUUCCAUGGCAAAUAUAAAUAAACAGAAUCCCACAGAGUAAACAGGCACUUAAACAAUCUUAAAAUGGCCAAAUCCAAAGCAGUCAUCAUCAACCCUGAUUAUACCAUCAAAAAUGCCGCAGAAUACUUUUCAGACUCUGCCUAUGGAGACGUGACAUGGCAUACGCUCCUCUCCAGCCCACAAACACCAUCGACCAAUCUCAGCGCCGGUAUCGCUGUCUGUCGAACUGGAACAGGCCAUCUCUGUCGCCAUCGCCAUACCCAGUCGGAGAUUUACCACAUCCUCGAGGGAAGCGGAGAUGUCACCAUUGAUGGUAGCAUCCACUCUGUGACCAAAGGAGCGACGGUAUUCAUUCCGGGCGAUGCUGAGCAUGGGAUCGUCAAUACUGGAGAUGUCCCGCUGAGGUGGCUCUAUGUCUUUCCAACUGGUUCCUUUCAGGAUGUGGUAUAUCGUUUUUCGGAUGUCAAAGCAAAGCUUUAGGAAUGAUGAUGGAUUUCUCUGCCAUUUGGCCAUUAUUUAGGUAUCAAUUCAAUCCACGA